CCACCGCGGUCGAACAAAAACAAUGUCGAGCAAAAUUGAGGAAGCACAGGAACAUAUCCGACAAGCGGAGAAAUGCUUGAAGACAUCGCUGCUGAAAUGGAGGCCAGAUUAUGAUAAUGCAGCUGAAGAGUACAACAAAGCAGCCACCUGCUUUCGGAACGCAAAGUCUUUGGACCAGUGCCGUGACUGUUUGAUGAAAUCGUCCGACUGCUAUCGUCAGAAUCGUGCCCUGUUUCACGCGGCCAAGUGUCUCGAUCAAGCCAUCCUGAUUUGCAAGGAAAUGAAUAAUCUCGGCGAUAUACGUAAGCUGGCGGAACGGUCUUGUAAUCUGUACCAGCAGCACGGUUCACCUGAAUCGGGCGCCACCGUACUAGACAAGGCGGCAAAGAUACUGGAACAGACGCACCCGGAGGAUGCACUGCAGCUGUACAAGCAGGCGGUGGAUGUUGUUACGAUUGAAGAUUCCACUCGCCAGGGUGCUGAGUACGCUAGCAAAGUGGCCCGCAUUAUGGUAAAGCUCGGCAUGUACGAUCAGGCAGCGGACGCUAUUCGGCGAGAGAUCGGUCUUCAUCAGCAAGUCGGUUCGGAUGGUGCGAUUGGGCGGCUAGCGGUGGCACUGGUUCUGGUACAGCUCGCCCGCGGUGACUAUGUGGCGGCGGAGAAAGCGUUUAAGGAGUGGGGCAACUGUUGCGAUGUAGCAGAAGUGCAAACUUUGGAAUCGUUGUUGCAGGCAUACGACGAUGAGGAUCCGGAGCUGGCACAGCGUGCACUCUCGUCACCGUUCAUCCGACACAUGGAUGUGGAAUAUGCUCGGUUGGCUCGCGAUCUACCCCUGCCGAAAGGUGUUUCGAUCGCACCGAAAGCGAACGUCAUCGAAAAUGCGGCAGCCUCUUAUGUUUCGCCCAACAGUGGUGCUGCAGGUGAUGUAACAACCAAACCAUCCAAUCGGCUUAAAGUCCUUAAAAGUUUGGAUCGAUUUAUCGAACCGAAGAUGUUAGGGCUAUCAUUAUCGGAAAAUAGCAGCAAAUUUGUUAAAGCUUCUUCUUGGCUUAACUAA